AUACCGAAGAAUUUGGGCAUACACAAGUUGACAAAAUUGGCCAACUACUUUAUGAGGUUUAGACCAAAAGUUUGAUUUGGUCCGAGUUGUUUGGUUUUUGUCUUCUAUACUGCAAACUUCUCUUCAAAGGAUUAGAGAAGGUUUAGAAGCAAAACAGCUUCACCGGCAGGUUUAGGUGCUUAUCGUUUACAAGUUCAAAUAGCCGGGUAUAAUCUCAUUUCUCCUUUCCUUUCCUUCUUUUACUAGAGCAUAGCUUUUGUGAAAUAAGGUUGUGUGUUAGGUAAAACACCACAAUUAAACUCAAAUUCUGGUCGUUGUUAGACAUCGCUGUAGGAUCGACUAAGCUUACAGAUUAGGAUUUCUUCGACAUAGUUUUAAGAAAUUUAACCUUAAAGUUGACCAGAAUCACGUCUAUUAAUGUGUAGUUUAACGAUGAAAAUGGAUGGAAAGAGAGGCAAAGAUAUUUUGAAGAAGAGAUAAGAAUGGAUGUGGGUUCCUAAUUUAUAAAUAUCUUUUUAAGGACUCCCUUCCUGAACAAACCAUGCCCUUCGUUUACCCUUUUUUAUUUUCAAAAUCAUCCAAAAGUUUUCUCAAAUUGCAAUUCAACCCCCAAAGUUGACCAUUUCUUAAUAAUAAUGUACUUUUGUCCUAUAAAAUCUCUCAAACCUUCUCCCUUUCUUAUCCCAAAAAGCUCCGUCUUAGCCUGAAAGUCAAAAUCAUGCCUUCUUCUUCUUCAUCUCAUCAUCUCCCCUCCACCAUUGCCGCCCUCCACUCCGAUAUCCUCCAGACUCAUAUUCUCACCCGCCUCGACGGCCCUGCUCUGGCCUCCGCCGCCUCUGCCUCUUCCCGCUUCCGCCACCUCUCCGCCGAGGACCAACUCUGGCGUCAAAUUUGCUCUGCCACCUGGCCCUCAACCACUCAUCCCCGUAUCCAGCAAGCCAUCUCCGCCUUCCCUUCCGAACACCGGUCCUUCUUCUCCGACGUAUUUCCCCUGCUCGAUUGCCGGUCGCUUCGUUCCGAUCUCGACCGUUCCCCUUCCUCCGAAUUGAUCUCCGCCGUGGACAUUCAUUACAAGGACAAACCCCUCUUCUCCAAAGUCCACUCCACCGAUACCAACACGAAUUGGUUCCUCUACUCCCCAUUUCGCGUCGACGUAAUCGACCCAAAAGACUCAAUUCCGUUGCCGAUUCGCCGCCGAGAGAAACGCGAAGAUUGGGUAGCUAAUCUAGAGCAAAAUCUAACGGCGAGUUGGAUUGUAAUCGACACAAUUAAGAACAGAGCAGCAAACGUCUCGAGUAGGCAGGCAGUGAACGUCCGGCGACACUGGUUAUCCGGCGAGAUACAAGUACAAUACACAACGAUGAUGGGCGGCGACGGGAGGGCGGGGUCGAGAACGGAGAUGGUACAGUGCUCGGUGGUGGUGAUUUGCGGUGAGAAAGAAGAGGAUGGGAUGGAAAUGAGCGUUAGAGAGGUGAGUAUGCAGAUUUUGGACAUGGAAGGGAAGCAUUUGAACGGGAAGGAGAGCUCCGGGAUUCUGGGAGAAGCCAUGGAAAGGGGAAAGAGAAUUAAAGAACAGAAAGGGGAAGCGAAAUUGAGGUUCGGAGAAUACGAGGAGCUGAAGAGGAAGAGGAAAGGCCGGAAAGACAGAAUCGAGAAUGCUUUGGAUAUGCUCUGUGUUCUCACCGGAAUCGCCAUUUUUCUGUCUUUCUGCACCUUCAUCAUCUUCUUCUUCUUCUUCUUCACAUAAACUUGAAUUAAUCAUGAUUAAUCUCCCUAAUUAAACCCUAAUCCUUCAUUAUUUUAUUCCGAACAUAUAUUCUUAAUAAUAUUCAAAUUCAAUGGUUUGGGCCGAAGCAGGAGAAGCC